AUGAAGUUCUCCCUCGCAACUAUUACGGCUCUCGUGGCUGCCUCUGCCCCUGCCGCCAUGGCUGACGGCUGGGAGUGCAACGGCUCUUGGGGCGAUGGCGGCCUGAAGCGCCUUUCCUUCAAGUUCCAGGGCUACUGCGAGGAUCGAUACGGCCAGUGCUUUCUGGCUGCCAUUCGAGGCAAGGGCCUCACCGUUCAUAACUGGCAGUGCUGGAAGAGAGAUGAUGGCUGGUGGCAGGCUGACCUGAGCACUACCGCUGGACUCGCUUGGCAGGUUAACAAUGCCAUUGAGCAGGUUACAGGCUCUUGGCGCGGUUGUUGGCCAAACCAGUAA